AUGAAUUGUGGAUCUGGUCAAUGUAUAUUAACCAACAAUCCCACUUUACCAUAUUAUUGUCGUUGUUUAAAUGGUACAAAUACCAUCUUCCCAUGUCCACCAGAAAAUCCAUGCGCAAGAAAUCCUUGUGGAAGUGGCACUUGUGAUUUGGUUCCCAGUCUGGCGAAAGGCUAUUUAUGUAGAUGUGCUGGUUUUUCAGCCACAAGAAGUGUAUGUAGCUCGAAUCCAUGUUAUAAUGGAGCAUGUGUAGAUAAUUUCGGUGGAUUUGUCUGCAAUUGUCUUCCAAAUUGGACGGGAAAAAUGUGUGAUACUGCCGGAGGAUGUAAUCAAAUCUCGUGUAUGAACGGUGGCACAUGUUAUGAAAAUUCUCCUGGUGUAUCAGUGUUCGCUUAUUGUUUAUGCCAGACUGGUUAUACUGGAAAAUUGUGUGAAACAGAAUAUUUUCGAUGCAGAUCAAAUGGAAGAUUUGCUGAUGGUUAUAACUGUGCGCAUGGAAAAUAUUUCGAAUGUAUUCAAUACCUUCAAGCCCCAAAUUCCAAUGGUAUUUUAUUGAGUCGAAGUUGUCCAGCUAGUCUACGAUAUAAUUUUAUGAUAGGUCGAUGUGAUUAUGCUCAAAAUGUUCAAUGUUUAUUGGCAUAA